AUGUUGUUCUCGUUGAAGGAGACUUCGCGCUGGCUUGGAUUGUCUCCGUUCGAGAUAUGGAUUCAUUUAGUAUGCACGUGUGUGUUUUCAGUGCUGGUUCCUCUCAAGGUUGACGGCGUGUUGUCGACAUCUACCAGUUGGUGGCAAGUUUUCUCUCCUCUCUUCAUAUCUGACGCUGUAACAGGAUACUUCACUGUCAUUGUCUUCAUCCGACUCUACAUGUCACAUCACGUCGCGCUGGCCGCGUCUAGAUCGGUGUGGAGUGGCGUUCUCCUUCUUCUUUUUUCUAUCUUCAAGCUGCUUGUCUGUCUCAGACUCGAACAGAUCAGUCAAGUUUCCUACGCCACCGCCAUGACGCCGAUAUUUAUUGCUCUUGGUUUACUUGCCAUUCGCGGUUGCUACGUAAACGAUAAUUCAGACUGA